GCCCUUUUCUUUGUCGGUGAAGGUCAUUUCCAAUGCAUUUGGGAAGGAAAAAACGAAUUUGCAAUAACUUUGAAUAAAUCAAGUUGUUUGAAAAAGCAGAUUUUAGACUAUAUGAUCCCAAUGUUAUAAAUCAGCAGUUGUUGACGUUCAUCACAUCAGAUCCCUAUGUAAUACAGAGGCAAAGAAUCCUCACAAGUACAGCUGCUGACAAAUUAGAUAUGUAUUGUCAUCCUACUGCAGAAUGUUAUAGACAGAGAAAUUUUCUUUAUAUUUGAUCUUAGAGAGGAAGGAGAACCUCAGUGAAAGGCAGAUAAUGCAGGAAAUUAAUUACCCUUCCAUAUAUAUCAAAAGUGACAUAUUGAAUAGACAAGACGGGGUAAAUCAAGAGAACUUGGAUUACUCAUAUGAAGGUUGUAAUGUAUGUGGUGAAAAUCAUGACACAGAGUGCUGUCCAGAACUUGGACUUCUGCCCGCAGAAAUCCAGAGUCCAGCUACAACCAAGGCCCGACUGACCCUGCCACAGUCCAUGCAGGCAGUGGAUUUACCGGGCCAGGAGGUAGCAGUGCUCACCCAGGGGCCUAUCAGCAAGAAUACACACUACGGCCCAUUCGAGGCCAAGAAGACAACGCAUGAAUUCAGUGAUGACUCUUUGUUCUUAUUGAAGGUGAUUGUCAAGGACUCCAUCAUCAGUUUGGAUACAACCAGUGAGAAUGAGUGUAAUUGGCUCUGCCUCGUUCGAGCUGCAACUGACGCAACUGAACAAAACCUGAUAGCAUACCAGAUGGGGACCAGUAUAUUCUACACCGCUGUCAGGGACAUAGAAGCAGGAGAGGAGCUCAGGGUAUGGUACGCUGCUCCUUACGCGAAAAAAAUCGGGAAAAGUAUCACACCUGAUGGAGUCAGCAGAGUCAUGUUAAACAUGGAGGUGAUAUACCCCUCCAUUGAAGAUGCUCCUGAAGGCUUCUCUCUGGAAGGGACCCAUGAAAAUCUCACCCAGGGGGAGGGAACUCCUCAGGAGACAACACUCAGCCUCCCUGAGCACGAGGCUGGGUCCCAGGAACUGGUACAGGCUGCCCAGCAUGUGGAGAUGACUGACAGAGAACAGCAGACUGUCAUAAUACACCAAGAGCAGCAGCAGCAGUCAGCACCCAGCAGCCAGGCUGUGGUUGAGGACCAGGAGUCUGAUGUUGUCACAGAGAGAACCGACCUUCCCAAGUAUGGCUGUCAGCGAUGUGAACAAAUAUUUACCACCGAGAAUGACCUGGCUCAUCAUCUAAUGCUGCACCUGUCUCAAACAGAAGAAAAGCGAAAAAGAGGAAGGAACUUCAAAAAUGGAUCUUUUGAUGAGGAUGAUAAAGACCCUGAAGACCAAUUAGAGGUAAAAGAAGAGGUGAAUGAAGAGGACUGGGCAGCCAUUGAGGAGGAGGAUCCCAGUGAUCCAGAUUUUAAGGGGGAGGAAAACGCUGCAUUUACGGUUUAUGAAGUGUACAAAGGUCGACCUAGAAGAAGCAUUAGAAGCAAACGCAAGAUAGACAAAGAUUUCCUGUAUCUCUCCAAUGCCAAAAAAACAAGAAAAACGGCCGCAGAAAAGAGAGAUGAGAACUCCUCAGAAGAGACAGUGCCCUCAGAGUCGGAAGAAAGGAGGAUGCAGGAUGGAAAAUCUGGUGAUGGAAAUGUGUCAAAUUCUAACAUUGAUAGUCAGGGGCAAGAAGUUAAAGUGAAGAGAGGGAGAGGCAGACCUCGGAAGAAACCGAUUGCUGUUAAAAGCACUAAUCAUGUAGGAAGUACAUCUUGCGCUAAUGUACAAAAUAACUCUAUGCAAGGUGAAAAACAAACAGAGAAUGCUGAGGAUUUAGACAAUGAAAAUGUGUCAAAAACUGAAAGGAAAAUGAAGGACGAGCACAGCAGUGACAAUCACAAUGAUUUUGCUACUGAUAAUCAGUCAUUACUAUUAACAGAGCAACACAGAAAUGAUGUACAAGAGCAACAUGGAAAUGAUGUACAAGAGCAACACGGAAAUGAUGUACAAGCUCAAGGAGACACUGAUGAUGGAACGCAUCAAAUUAACAAUGAGGAAAAUGCAGAUCUGUUGAAUGAGCAACAAGAGCAGUCUACUAAUGUAGAUUUAGAUGCAUCUUUGCGGGAAGGUAAUGAUGAUUCUGUAGCAAUUUCAAAUGCAGAAACAACCCAAAAUACAGAAUUGGGUGAAGCUGCUGCAGAAACGAUUUACCCAGAGAAAGAAGUGGACGAUAUAUCUGCUGUUGUAAAUGACUCUAUUACCGAGGGUGAAGAAGGUGUGUUGGAAUCCGAUGAACAAAUUUCUCAAGGGUCUACUGACCAGCCCCUGAUAGAAAUGGACAUUGCAGAGGAAGAGGAGACACAGGCUCCACUUACAGAUAUUGACAAUCAGGCCAUUAUGAGUGAAAUGAAAAGAAUAAAAAACCUGGAAAAACUGAGAACCAAAUACAAAAAUUUGUGCAAGUACUGUGGAAAGCACUUUAAGAGUAUACAUCAUCUGAAAUUACAUCUUCCAAUGCACACUGGAAAGUUUUCUUGUCGAUAUUGUGGUUUUAACUUUGCCCGUAAGGAGAGUAUGUUGAAACAUGACUGCAAGAUAAAGAAAGUCAUUAACUUAGUGGAGAAAGAUGGUAGCGAAGUUUUUCAGUGUAUUCUAUGUGACAAAGAAAUGGAGAAUGUAAAGGAAGCAAAAGACCAUUAUAUGUUUCACAAAAAGGAGGUAAGAUGUCUUGACUGUAACCAGAUGUUUGGACGUCAACAGCUGCUAAGGGAUCACAUUUGUCCCAAAGCUCCACAAAAGCUUAUCAAAUGUGACAUCUGUAAGCAUCCUUUCCCCUCAGAAAAAUCUCUGUUUCGACACCUGGCCAUGCACACUGAUAUCUUUAAAUGCCCAAACUGUUUGAAAACAUUUGCCAGAAAAGACUCUCAGUUGAAACACAUCCUAGUAUGCUGUCCAGAAAAAGCAGAUGAAUAUAAAGUGUUUGCUUGUAGCAAGUGUCGGAAGGGUUUUGCCACCAAGCUAGGUCUGGAUAAGCAUGAGAAUUUGUGUGAACAGGAAUUUUGUGAAAACUGUAACAAGGUUUUUGAUUCAAUUGAAAUGCUGAAGAAGCACCAAGAGACCUGUAAUCAAACUAAAAUUUAUGUCAAGAAAGACAAGGUCUUGUUUCCUUGUAGCAUAUGUAAAAAAUCAUUCAGGAAUCUAAGCUACUUGAAUCGGCAUAAAGAACUGCACAAUGACCAGCUCGAGUGUUCUAUUUGCAAGAAGGUGUUCAAAGCAGAAAACGAUUUGGACGACCACUUUAAAUUCUGCUCGGCUAGCAAAACUAUCAGCCAAAAAGGAAUUGCACCUUGUGACAUGUGUGAUCAAGUUUUCUAUUCUGUCAAGGAAUACAAGGAACAUUAUUUUACUCAUACCCACCCCUACUACUGCAAGAAAUGCGGUAAGCGGUUUGUCAAGGUGGGGACCUUGCACACCCAUCAAUGUUUACAAGACACGUCAUUGGUGGAGUGCCACCAUUGCCAACAGCAGUUUCCCGGACAGGUAGCACUAAAGACUCACAUUAGAAAGGAGCACAGGAAAAGUAUUCAGUGCAAGAUCUGUCAGAAGAACUACAUCACUAGCAAGGAGUUUGAAACGCACAUGUGCGUGGAUGAAUUCGGGAACCCCGCAGAGUUUGUUGCAGACAAGGACUUCUCUCUACCUGGAGAAAAACCGGUCUGUCAUAUGUGUGGAAAAGAAUUCACAACUACGAGUAAUCUGAAUAAACACAUGAAAAUACAUGGUGAGAAAAAUGUGGAAUGUAAAUACUGUGGGAAAAUGUUUCAUCAUGAGGAAUAUUUGAAAGUUCAUAUUGAUGGAGUUCAUGAGAAAAAGCACAAAUUUCAGUGUGAAGAAUGUGGAAAAUUCCUCACAUCUAAACCAGGGCUAACCUCUCAUAUGAAGCAAUUCCACUCAGAUGAGAAAAUUGUGUACCCUUGCUCAGAAUGUGGCAAAGUCUUUAGUCAGAAGGGUAACAGGAAAAUGCACAUGUAUUCUCACAUGAAGGAGAAACUGUUCAAAUGUGACGUGUGUGAAAAAACAUUCAAAUAUCCGGAGCAGCUCAAGAAACACAAAUUCAUACAUAUGGCAGGGGAGAAACUGAAGUGUGAUUCAUGUGACAAAUUAUUUCCAAAACAAGCUGAUCUUGAAAAGCACAUGCAGACAGCACACAAUGGUCUUAUGUAUGUGUGCAAUUUGUGCAAUGCUCGCUGUGCACACAAGCACACCUUGCUUAGACAUUACAAGCGCAAACACCCGCAGUAUGUAGAACAAACCAAACAGGACAGCUUUGUGAAUUCACUGGCACAGAAAGUAGAUAUGGGAGAAGAUGCAUCCAUGGUAACCUACACCUAUGUCAACGAAUCAAUGGGAAUUCCCAUGGAAACUGUCACCAUAGAAGAGAACGCUCUACCUCAGAUGGCUGCCCAGGCCCUGAAGACAUUGUCAGGAUUGACCUCAGAUCAACAGAUUCUUACCACCACCAACCUGCAGGGUUUCUCAUCGGCGGACAUCAUCAAUGUGCCCUCCAUUGAUGGGAAUUUCCAGAUUCAGAAUCUGGUCCAGGAUCCCAACAGUUCGGACGACCAGCAGACUGUUGUCAUUCUUCAGAUUGUGAACCAAGAAAAUGAGCAGGGGAUGGUUUCAGAAGAGGUCGAGGUCAUUGGUAAUGUUGUUGACCUUCCAGAAGUCAAGGACGCCGAGCAUGGACAAUAUGUUGCUCUUACAUAGGACGUUUCUUGAUAUAUGCACCAGAUAUACCUCUGUCGUAAUUUCCAACAAAUUUGUAGUUUUAAAACAAUGCAAGCAUUUUCUGCAGUAAAUUUUCACAUGUACAUUAUUUACUUAAUCUUAAUUUGCACGAAAACAGUAAGAAGGGGAAAAUCUAAGAUGCAUAUAUAUUACCGGUAUCUGAUUCAGUUCAAAAGUAAUUUUCUUUCAAUUAGUAUGGGUUCAUACUUCAUAAUAGAUGUAAAACAUCCCACUGUAGAAAUUCAAAGACUUUUUGACAUUACACCCACAGGUUUUUUGUUUUGAUUUUUUUUCCAUCUACAUGUAUAUGGUCUUUUCACAAUUUAUCCUGGUAAGUAGGACAGUCUCAGUAUAUAUAUAAUUCCAGAAGGUGUGGAAUUGUAAGUCUUCCUGCGGUUUGUUUAACAUUGUUGAAUUGUUAUCUCAGUCCAAAAUUUUUAAGAUUGAACUAUAUAUUUUGUGUGAUUUUUACCAUGUCUUAUGGUUAACAUUCCUUAUUUAAGAUUUGAAAUCAAAUAAAUGCUUUUUCAUUGA